AUGUACGUGAUAAAGUAUUCAAGCUUAGCGGCCGUGGCCAUCAUAUUCGCUGGUCUAGCUGUGCCCCCCGAGCUAUCCAAUAUGAACAGCAACCAGAACCACCACGGCCAGUCUGGCGGCCCGCCAUACGACCGCGAUCGCGACAUGGAUGACCGACACCGCGCUUUACAGCAGCACGAGGAGAUGGCCAGACGAGACCAGGAGCGAGAGAGAGAGCGCGAGCGGGACCGCGAAGCCGCCGACCGAUUCCAAUCCGCACACCAGAGCAGCAGUGCCGGAUCGAUACCCAUACACCAGCCCGUUGCGUCGCGCAUCCCCGGCGCGAUACACAGCCCGGGCGGCCUGCUGGCCAACCACAACGGCAGUGCGUCUUCUAUACCGAUUGCCCCGCCCCCGAUGCAAAACUACGGCGGCCCGCCGCCGCCGAAUGACCACUCGCGCCUCCUCCAGCACAGCGGGCAAGGCGCGAGCGGCCAGCAUCAGGGAUACGGAUCUAUGCCUCAUGGCCAGCCCGCUCAGGGUGGCCCGCCGCCACCCUCUGGCGGUGGCUCAGUCUUUGGCGGCCCGCUGCAGCAGCAACCGCAGCAGCCCCCGCAAGACGCCCAGCGCCCGGGGCAGCAGGGCGCGCCCAUGGUUAAUGUCCCAGCUGGUGGCCCUCAGAUCCCAGGUGGCAUCACCCAGGGCCAGCAGCCCAUUCUUAAUGAUGCUUUGACGUACUUGGACCAAGUCAAAGUCCAAUUUCACGACCAGCCUGAUGUUUAUAACCGUUUUCUCGACAUAAUGAAGGAUUUCAAGUCGCAGGCCAUCGAUACACCAGGCGUCAUUAACCGCGUUUCCGAGCUUUUCGCCGGCCACCCAAAUCUCAUUCAAGGCUUCAACACAUUUCUACCCCCGGGAUACAGAAUCGAAUGCGGCGCUGGUAACGACCCCAAUACAAUUCGAGUCACCACACCCAUGGGCACGACAGUCCAAAGUAUUGCUGGACGAGCUCCUGAUGGCCAUCCUAACCAGUCCAUCUUCCCCGAGCGUGGUGCCCAGUGGCCUCAGAGGUCGCCGGAAGCCAACUUCAGUGCCCCUGCCCAGAACGGUGGCAGCCUCUUUGUGCAAGCAGCCGCUCAGAGUGGCGGAUACGAGGCUACGGGACACCGCGCUGGCUCUCAAGCUCCUGGUCCUGCUGGUGCCAAUGCUACCGCUGGGCGAAGCACGCCCGGUCCAGCUGGUGUAAACGGAGCCGCGGCGGGCCAAGCAGGUCUGGAGCGACGCGGUCCUGUCGAGUUCAACCACGCCAUCAGCUACGUCAACAAGAUCAAAAAUCGAUUCCAGGACAAGCCAGAGAUAUAUAAACAAUUUUUGGAGAUUCUGCAAACAUACCAACGGGAGCAGAAGCCCAUUCAGGACGUAUAUGCGCAGGUCACUACGCUGUUCAACGCUGCCCCUGACCUGCUAGAGGAUUUCAAGCAGUUCCUUCCAGAGACUGCUGGGCAAGCAAAGGCGGCUGGUGGCAGAGCCGAAGAUGGCAUGGCUGGUGGCCCCAGUCAGCAGCCUGGUGCCAGAGAUGGACAGAAGAUGCCUCCGCUGGGCAGCUUCGCCCCUCCGGCCAGCGCUAGCAAGGACAAGAAGCGUGCUAGAAACGACAAGCAAGCCGCGGGAGGAGUCCCGUUGCUCGCUGAGGUUACAUCACAGCCUCGCCUGCAAGCUGCUACUGUCAACGGCAAGCGACCGAGAUUGAGCCAUGCUCGCGGUACCGCGGACGGCUCUUUGAUCGAACCUACCUUGACGCCGGUCAUGCCGGAGCCAUACCCCCCACGAGCCUCUGCCACAUCCAAUAUGGAUGAGAUUGCAUUCUUCGAAAAGGUCAAAAAGUUCCUCAGCAACCGGUCAUCCAUGAACGAGUUCCUGAAGCUUUGCAAUCUCUUCAGCCAGAAUAUUAUUGACAGAAAUACGCUCUUUCACAAGGGCGCAGUCUUUAUUAGUGCAAACCCCGACCUGAUGACCUUUUGGAAGUCAUUUGUGGGAGUUGAUACGCAGGAUGUCAUGAUUGACAACCGCCCUGCACCACCUAACGAUAAGCUCUCGCUCAGCAACUGCCGAGGCUAUGGCCCCAGCUACAGACUCUUGCCCAAGAGAGAGCGCCUCAAGCCCUGCAGUGGCCGCGACGAGCUCUGCAACUCUGUUCUUAAUGACCAAUGGGCCUCACAUCCCACCUGGGCCAGUGAAGACUCCGGGUUCGUUGCCCAUCGCAAGAAUCAGUAUGAAGAGGGCCUUCAUCGCAUCGAGGAGGAGCGCCACGACUACGAUUUCUACAUUGAAGCCAACCUCAAGUGUAUUCAGCUCCUGGAGCCCAUCGCCCAACAAAUGCUGGCCAUGUCAGCAUCCGAGCGAGAGUCUUUCCACAUGCCCGGCGCUCUUGCCGGCCAGAGCACCUCGAUUUUCAAGCGCAUCUGCAAGAAGAUUUACGGCGAGCGUGGCAUUGACGUUGUCAACGACAUGUACAGCCAUCCUUUUGAUGUUGUCCCCGUCUUACUGGCUAGAAUGAAGCAAAAGGACGAGGAAUGGCGCUUCUCGCAACGAGAAUGGGAAAAGGUGUGGCAUGCGCAGACUGAGAACAUGCAUCUCAAGAGUCUCGACCACAUGGGGAUCCUGGUCAAGUCUACAGAUAAGCGCAACCUGACUGCGAAGCACUUGGUUGAUGUCAUCAAGACCAAGCACGAGGAGCAGCGUCGCGAGAGAGCGCUCAAGGGCAAAGCUCCGCGCCACCAAUUUGGCUGGAAUUUCGCUGAUAAGGAGAUCAUUAUGGACAUUCUUCGCCUGACGAUGCUCUACAGCAUGCAUAAUGGCCAGCACAGCACGCAAGAGAAGGAGAGAAUUCUCGAAUUCUUCGAAAUGUUUAUUCCUGCUUUCUUUGACCUUCCUGAAGAAGUGGUUCAGGAGCGAAUUCCCAGAAUGCAGCCAGACUCUGGCGAAGAAGAAAUUGAGGACAACACACCCGCUGAGUUAACAAAUGGCCGUAGCCGCAGGAACGGAAAGAAGGGCGAUCUGCUUAGGGGGGUUCUCGAUCCGGGCCGCAUCGGUAGCAAGCCUCGAACGCAGAAGGACGAUAGCACAUCGGGUAGUAAGGAGACUACUCCCGACGUCAACUCAGGCAAUGACGAGGAAAUGGCUGACGUGCCUGACGAGGCGCCUCUGCCCGACUUUUCCAACGAGCGAUGGAUGCCCACUAUACCCAAGCCUGUUGUGACUGGUUCUGACAGUGGCCUGCUGGAUGGCGACGGCGAGCUCAAGGCAGAUGGAUUCUUCAGUCGGCCAUGGUACAAUUUCUUCUGCAACCAGACGCUGUUUGUAUUCUUCAGCAUCUUCCACCAAGUAUACGAGCGUCUUUCCGAUAUCAAGGGCAGCCCCCAGAUAGUCGGCAAGGAAAUUGAGAGACUGAGCCGCUCCAAGCCUGCCAGAGACAUUGGUUUCACCGAGAACCACAUGACCUUCUUCGACGCCAACGAAGAGCCUGUCAAUUACUGGCCCAAGACCAUGGAGCUCAUUGAAGAGUACAUCACUGGCGACGUUGACGAGAACCGUUACCAGGACGUCAUGAGACACUAUUACCUUCGCAAUGGCUGGAAGCUGUACACUGUCCAGGAUCUCCUGAAGACUCUGUGCCGACUUGCUCUUACUUGCAGCAGCACCGAUGUUAAGGAGAAGACACCUGAUCUGAUCCAGCAAUAUCUCAACAGUCGCGAGAAAGACGAGACGAGCUAUCAGACUGAGAUCAGCGCUAGGAAGUUUGCAGAAAAGUGUGUCAAGGAUGGUGACAUCUUUGUUAUUUGCUGGUUCCCUCAAAAAGCAGAGGCCACUGUGCGCUGGCUGCAGCGCGACGAGACGACCUUUUACAUGGACGAGAUGAAGCUGCGCGAGCGCUGGCAGUACUACAUCUCCUCCUUUAUCCGCGUCGAGCCCACCGAGGGCAUCACCCGCUCCCGGCUGCAAAAAGCCGUGCUCACGCGCAACCUGCCGUCGGGCGACGCUGAGUCGGACGGCGAGAGCAUCCCCAAGCCGCUCGCCUACGACGAGAACCUGACAAUCUCCAUCUGCCUGACGAGCUCCAAGAUGAUCUGGGCGCCGGGCACGUCCGAGUACUUUCUCUACGAUAACGCGCCCAAGACGAAAGAACAGCGCGAGCGCCGCGACAAGUUCGCCGCGGCGCUUAGCGGCCACCGCGAGAGCAAGCUCCUCGAGAAGUGGGUGCACAACCCGGCGUGGACCAAGGACAUGAGCCCCGAGGAGGUCCAGGAGCAAAACACGGCCUUUCGCAAGUGGAUGGAUGAGGGCGUCGCGCCGCCUCCCUCUGCGGGCGGCGGAGAUGUCGAGAUGCAAUAG